AAUAGCGGUAGCAAUAAUGGCGACAAAUCAAAAGAAACGACGAACACUGAGAUAGCCACGUGGGAGCACGAGAUUCAGAAGCUUGUGGGCAGCCCACGUUAUAACACACCCAUACAUUACACCUUGUGGAUCAGAUCCAGUUUGAACAUUCAUAGAAUUCCAUUUUUCUGGGAAAAAUCAGAUGGAAGCAGUAGUUUUCCAGUCUCGAACCCUAAUCCGUUUCCCCAAUUUGGUCUCUUUCACAAGGAGGAGACCCAUUUUCACUUUGAAAGCUUGUUGAAUUUGGCAGAGAUUGCAGAUGGGUAUCGUAGCAAGAACAUUCAAUUGGCUGUUUCAAGCAAUGGAAACGAUGGAAAAACAGGGCAUCAGCCUGUUCGUAGAAGCUCUGCGCCUGGAAGAACAAGGAAGAAUGUGCCAUCCUUGAGAAAAACAGAUACCCAUAAGAAUGAAGACAUGAAAAAACCCAAAUCAAAUAACCAGGAGGAAAUAAUUGCUCUCUUUAGGAAGAUACAGACUUCCAUUGCUGAGGAAGCUGCAAGCUCCAUUGAUGAAGAUUCUAACAAGGAUGAAGAUGGAACUGAGUCUAUUUUGGAGGCUCUUACUGAAUCAAGGAAGCAAGUAAAAGGCAAAACUUUAAAGAAUGCAGGAGGAGUUAAAGGGUUAAGAAGAAAAGGCACAUCUGAAGCUGCUGCAGAAUUCAAGUUAGUACGGCCACCGUCUAACUUUGUGAAGAGAUCACCAAUCCCAUCUCCGGCAGGAGGAAAUGGUUCGCAUCUUACAGUGGAGAAUAUGAAACUUAGGGAGCUGAAAGCAGUUGCAAAGUCUAGAGGAAUUAAGGGUUACUCCAAGUUGAAGAAAAAUGAGCUGCUGGAACUGCUGACAUCUUAAAUUCAUGGAGCUGAACAACACCAGUCAUCACAGUAAAUCAUUGGUCUUUUGUGUUCUUGUUGUUGCUUUUCCUUUUGUGUUCCUCGUUCUACUCGUUUCACAUGUUUUCAUUACGAAAUUACAAGUUUGGACCAUAACAUUCAAAAGCGUUUGUCCAUACAUUGAAUCUGUAACGAUGCUCUAGAGUAUAAGACAUUGUUUGAUAUUGUGA